AUGUUUGAAUGCGGAAUGGGGGAGACAUCCUACACCAUCAUCUUGCCGACCACCUAUGAACCAUUACAUAUCAUUGAUGAGGUCGUAGAAGAAGAAGAAAAUAUAGCCCCACCAACGAGGGAAAGAAAGGAGUCCACAAGGACAGUUUCGAUCGCUGUGCCAGAAGUACAACGAGCAUUCCCUGAAGUUGGCUCUUUUGGAUCAUACGGGAAGACAGGCCUUGCUUGUUAA